AUGAAGCUGAUUUUGAUCUUCAGUGCCCUCUUCGGGGCUUCCUUGUGCCUGGAAACUUUUGUUGGGGAUCAGGUUCUCCGAAUCCGAACAAGAAAUGAGGAGGAGGUUAAGCAGUUGCAGCUUUUGGAGUCGCUGGAGCAUCUUGGGCUUGAUUUCUGGAGAAAUCCCUCCACUCCUGCCCUCCCUGUGGAUGUACGAAUCCCCAUGAACAGCGUCCAAGCAGUCAAAGCCUUCCUGGAGUCCCAUGGGAUUGGGUACUCCAUCCUGAUCGAAGACCUGCAGGUUCUUCUGGAUGAAGAAAAGCAAGAUAUGGCCUGCAGCCAACAAAGGGAGCGCAGCAGCAACAGCUUCAACUAUGGAUCCUACCACUCUUUAGAUUCUAUUUACACAGAGCUGGAUCAUCUUGCAUCUGAGUACAGCAACAUUGUCAGUAAGUUCCAGAUUGGGGAAUCCUACGAAAAGCGGCCUUUGUACGUGCUCAAGUUCAGCACUGGAGGAAGCAACCGUCCUGCAAUCUGGCUGGAUGCCGGUAUCCAUUCCCGAGAGUGGGUUACCCAAGCGAGUGCAAUAUGGAUAGCUAGAAAGAUUGCCUCCGAUUAUGGGAACGAUGCAUCCAUUACCUCUCUGCUGAACAAAAUGGAUAUUUUCCUCCAUAGUGUUUCUUUGCUUUAGAAUCGCAUGUGGAGGAAGACCCGCUCCAAGAAUCAAGGCAGUCUGUGUGUUGGAGUUGAUCCAAACAGGAACUGGGAUGCAGGUUUUGGAGGUCCUGGAGCCAGUAGUAAUCCCUGUUCUGACUCCUACCGUGGGCCCAGUGCCAACUCAGAGGUGGAAGUUAAAUCUGUUGUCGACUUUAUUAAGAAUCAUGGAAACAUCCGAGCCUUCCUCACCCUCCACAGCUACUCUCAGCUCCUGAUGUAUCCCUACGGCUAUAAAUGCACUGAACCAGCAGACUACGCUGAGCUGGAUGCCUUAGGAAAAGCUGCUGCCAGUUCCAUCCAGUCCCUGUACGGCACCACCUUUACAGUGGGGAGCAUUUGCAGUACUAUCUACCAAGCCAGCGGAGGCAGCAUUGACUGGAGCUAUGAUUACGGCAUCAAAUACUCCUUCGCCUUUGAGCUGCGAGACACGGGGCGCUACGGUUUCCUCCUGCCAGCCAACCAAAUUAUCCCAACUGCAGAGGAGACCUGGCUGGGUCUGAAAAAGAUCAUGGAGCACGUGCGAGACAAUUCAUCCUAAAAACUGGGGUGGGAAUCAGCUGUGUGGAGCAGCAAGGUCAUAAAUCCUCUGCUCUCGGUGUGCUUGCGACAGUUACAAUGGCUGAAUAAAAACCCCUGUGUGCA